AUAAAUUUUCAAUUUGAAAUUAUGUUUAUACAUACACGUGGUGUCAGAGAUUAAUGUUAUUGUUACAGUAUUUAGUGAUUAGCAAAGUGUUAAGAAGUAGUUAAAUCCAGGAUCGGAUUCCAAUUGAACCUUGUAGUCAAUAACAAGAUAUACAAUGGCACAGAGUAAAAUAUUUAUUGGAAACCGUGCCCUAGGUUAUGUGAGUAACCACAUACCCCUUGUAACGAGGUAUAUUCAAAGAAGAAAAGAAAACUUAAUAGUAACAUGCGUGGGUAGAGCUUUCCAUACUUAUGGUUGUUCACAUUUCACUCUCCUAACUGUUUCUGGAGCUCAUCCUGCAGAUAUCAGUUGCCUUGCGGCAGAUACCUAUCACGUGUAUACAGCCAGUGAAAACAAUAUUUAUGCAUGGCGUCGAGGAACAGAAUUAAAACAUACCUACACAGGUCAUGAAUCUCCUGUGCACAUUAUAUUUCCUUUUGGACCACAUUUACUAUCUGUGGAUGAAGACAGUAAUAUAAAAGUAUGGGAUAUUAAAUCAGAAGACAGUAUACUUGAGUUAAACUUCAGUAACAAUGUCUUUAAAAUUACUACACUUCUGCAUCCUAAUACAUAUAUGAAUAAAAUUUUGCUGGGCAGCGAACAAGGACAGCUUCAACUAUGGAAUAUAAAAACUGUAAAAAUGAUUUAUACCUUUAAAGGAUGGGGGUCUCCGGUAACUGCAAUGGAGCAGGCUCCUGCAUUAGAUGUUGUAGCCAUAGGUUUGGCAAAUGGAAAGAUCAUUUUACACAAUAUCAAAUGUGAUAAAACUCUUUUUGAAUUUAUGCAAGAUUGGGGUCUUGUAACAUCAAUUACAUUUAGAAGUGAUGGUUACCCCAUUAUGGUCACAGGAAGUUUAUCUGGUCACAUUGUAUUGUGGAAUCUUGAGGAGAGAAAAGUAGAGAGUCAAAUCUUGAAUGCUCAUUUUGCAACAGUCACUGGAUUAAAAUGUCUUCCAAACGAACCAUUACUGCUGUCAAGUUCUCCUGACAAUUCAUUGAAAUUAUGGAUUUUUGAUUUGGCCGAUGGAGCUGGGAGACUUCUACGUAUUCGAGAAGGACACGCGGAACCUCCAACGUUCAUUCGAUUUUAUGGAAACGAUGGAAAUAAUAUACUAACUGCAGGAGGAGACUCAUCACUUAGGAUAUUCUCAACAGUGACGGAAACCUUUAAUAAGAGUCUCGGUAGAGCAUCCUUCAAUAGGAAAGCUUCAAAGAAAAAAGGUCGAUGUACAAAUGAUAAUUUGAUUAUGCCACCUAUUACGGAAAUAGCUACAGAAAUUACACGAGAGAAGGAUUGGAAUAACAUAGCAGCAACUCACUUAGGAUUGGCCACUGUCACUACUUGGUCUUAUGACAAGUUAAAAAUGGGUGACAUGAAGUUGCUGCCAGAGAAGUUCCAGCGUAAUCUUAAUGUUACAGCAACAAGUCUCUGUCUAACUCAUUGUGGAAACUUUGUCAUAAUAGGAUAUAACACAGGACACAUUGAAAGAUUUAAUAUACAAUCAGGUCUACACAGAGCAAGUUAUGGUAGUGAAAGUGGAGCACAUAAAGGACCUGUUAAAGGAGUCAUUGUAGAUUUACUGAAUCAAAUAGUGAUGACAGCAGGAAGGGAUGCAUUUCUCAAAUUUUGGCAUUUCAAACCUACCAAAGAUCAAAAUCCUAAACAAACAAUAGAACUAGAAGAACCUGUAGAAUUCAUUAGGACACAUCAAGAGAGUUCACUGGUAGCUGUAGCUCUAGAAGACUUCAGUGUGAUACUCGUGGACCUGGAUACGAGAAGGAUAAUUCGUCAGUUCCAAGGACACACAGGACGUCUAACAGAUGCUAGUUUCAAUCCUGAUUCCAGGUGGUUAAUUACAUCUUCGAUGGAUUGUACGAUACGUACAUGGGAUAUCCCAUCCUCCCACUUAGUUGACGUAUUUCAAGUCACUGAUGCCUGUAUCUCUCUACACUUUUCUCCAACUGGAGAGUUUCUGGCUACGGCACACGUUUGCAAUUUGGGAAUAUACCUAUGGUCAAAUCGCACUCUCUACUCCCAUGUUUCUUUGAGAGCUUUACCUACGGAUGCAGCUAUUCCUAUGAUGAAUCUUCCUGGAGCUUUCACAGAAAAAGAUGCUGAAACUGUCCAAAAUGAGGAUACCGUUGAGGAAGAGGAAGAAUAUACAUCUCCGGAACAGCUGGCCGACGAUCUCGUGACGAUGUCCUCCUUAGCGAACUCAAGGUGGCAGAAUUUACUAAACAUAGACAUUGUCAAGAAGAGAAACAAGCCUAAGGAAGCUCUCAAGGCACCGGAAGCUGCUCCAUUCUUCCUGCCAACGAUACCAUCUUUGAAUAUACAAUUCGAUUUAUCUAACGCUACAUCUACAGAAGAUAACAGUCGACUACUUACUCAUCCAGAUUUUCAGAGUCUCACAUCAUUUGGGAAAGUGUUACAGUCAUCGGUGGAGACUAAUGAUUUUCAUGAGGCCAUCAAGAUGCUCAAAUCCCUAGGUCCAAGCUCCAUUGAUCUUGAGAUACAAUCCUUAUCUAUGAGCACGACGUCUUCUGUAAUCAUAAUGUUACAAUUCAUGAAAUUGAUAAGACACAUGAUGGAGAGUAAAAAAGACUUUGAAUUGGCUCAGUCUUACUUGGCUCUCUUUCUGAAAACUCAUGGAAAAAUGAUAACCGAGGAAGAUCAGCUGAGGAAAUAUCUGUCACAACUUCAGGAUAUACAGUUAGAAAAUUGGUUGAUAUUACGUGAGAAACUUUUCUAUGGUCUGAGCGUUGUGCAACAUCUUAAGAAAAUGUAAUUUAAAUAUUCAUUAAAGAAUGACUGUACAAAGUUUUCUAAACUCGAUGAAUAAAUUUGUAAAUAAUCGA